AUGAGUAGCCACAACUCUUCUGUCUAUAAUGCAAUCACUGGAUUCAGCUUUACGACUAAUCUGCGCAUGUUUCUUACAGUCGAUGACUUCAAACGGUGCGUAAGCCAGCAAUUGAUGAUCCCGCUAGAUCAGACCUUCAUUCUGCUGCCUUUUGGGGCGAAAUUGAAAAAAGACACAUUUGCCAACUGUCUCAGAGACACGAACCCAUUGGAAUUCUACGUUUUCGAUCGCCGACUUUUUUCAUUUGCCCAGGACCCCAAUUCUUCGGCGUUAUCGCCAGAAACUCCAGAAAUCGAGGAUUUAUUGGCUACCGUUACACAGCAUCGUCAACCAACGCUGAUAAAACCAGUGCCAUCUCCGCUGCUGGAAGUGAAUCUUUCCAGCUCCGAUUUUGACUACCGCAAGGCCACCACCAUUUUGACUACCAACAUGGGGUGGCUCAGUGCAUUAGAAAUUGAUGCACAUUAUUUCCAUUCGAUCAUUCAAAAUACAAUGGUCGAAAUUCGCGUCAUAUUCCAGUGCUUUUCCAUAUGCUCACAGUAUCUCAAAGUUUAUUGCUUCGAAAUAGAAAAGCUCUAUAACUCCAACGUCGAGUUUCUCAAUCAGCUCACUAAAGAGAGCAAUGCCCUUGAGUGGCAGAAAGUGUACGAUGGCUUACUCAAGAACCUGAGCACCGUAAAUGGCGAAAAGGAGAAGCGUUUGAGUGACUUUCUUCGAAAAAACGAGCUCGAAAAUCAUUUCAACGAAUUGGUCGAUGUGAAUAACAAUGUAACUACACUUCUGCGACAGGUCAAGUCUCAGAUUGAUGACAAUUUCAAAACUCGCCAAGAGAUUUCUUCCAAAGUGGAAGCUCUGAAACCCGCAUUCGACCAAUCUCCAUCCAAAUAUGAAAUGGAGGAUACUAUGAUGGCCAGGUUCGAGGAGAUGAUAACAGAAACCAAGCAAAGCACUCGUGAAACUCUGACACUGAGCUCUGCAGAAUUUACCCCAGAAAUGCUUUCAGACCUAAACCACAAGAUUUCUGACGACAAGAACUCCACCGUUCCCAAUCUCUUCACCAUUGCACAGUCACUUUUUUCGCAAGCAGAGAAGUCGUUAGCCGACAAGAGACGAUUACAAGAGCAAAUAAUCCUACUUUUGAGUCAAAUCGCUUUUGUUCAGGUUCAGAUCCUGGACGUCAAGACAGUUCUAUUGACGGAUUGCAAUCAUCUUCUCGAGAUAUUACAGAAGUGCGAAUUACAACUCUCUCAAGUUGACGAUCUUCCUGUACUUUAUGGUCUGCACUUGAUUGAAAAGCUGCGAAGAAGAAAUUGGCUCAAUGAAAUAAGGAUCCUGGGUUCUAGGAUUUCGGAUGAGUUGCUAAUAAUCGGGGAUUUGGAGCAGAGGCAUCGAGAAAAAUGGGGUCAAACUUUCGUUCAGCUAAACUCCAUCUUUGAGGAAACAGAUACUGACCUCAGUGAUUUUCGCAAAUCUCAAACUGUCCGAAUUGGCAGUCUCUCAACUUCCAAAGAAGACUUAAUAACAGCAGACAAGAUUGAGAGAUAUCUAUUGCAGCUCUCCGAGAAUGAAGUUUCAGCUGAAAGCUUGGCGCUGCUGCAAAGAAAUCUCGAAUCCGCGAUGAAUACUUCUAUUGCUGUCAAACCGACUAUGCCGGGCCAUUCCGUUUUCUCAGGAGAAAAACCUCACUAUGAGCGGGAUAUUGUAAGACAUUAUCAGCGAAGAAUAAAGAAACUUGAAUCUUUACUUCAUGAUGCCAAGUACUCAAAUAUACGAUCUUGGCCCUCUGGUAUUUUGAACAGUGCCUCGCUCCCAGCAUUUGAAAAAAAUGUCUCUGCGGUCAAUGUGAAGAUGUCUAUGCUUUUAGCGGACUCAAACGAAACUGCCCUGUCCAAUUCGCAGGGUGAAGCUUUUGGAGAUACAGCGCAGCUGCGCACAGAACUGGAGCAUUACCAAAAGCAAGUGGAACAAAUGAGGAAAGACUCUCUCAAGCUCAAAAAACAAGUCGUAGAUUUCGAAGACGAGCGGAACGCUUAUAGAGAAACACUAUCGGUCUUGAAUCAAGAAAUCUCCAAAAUUACAUCCGAGAAAGAGAAGAACGACAAGUUGGAAAUCACAAAAGCGGGUGAGCUCAAGAAUCAAGUUUUGAGUCUAGGUAAAGAUAAUAUUUCGUUAGUCAACGAAGUGAUAUCGUGGAAAGAAAAGUGCGAACUUAAGACUAAAGAACAAGAGCAUCAGGCAAGGCUUCAGGAGGAAAUGAUGAAGGAUAAGAUGAUUAUUGAGAAAGAUUAUGAAAAUGCAAAAAAUACCCUGUCAGAAGAAUCGGCUCGGCUUCAAGAAGAGCUUGCUUCAUUGAAGGCUGACAACGAGGAGCUUCGCUUCAAUCAAGAACUGGCGACUACGAAAAAUGAAGAAAAAAAGGCGCAGGAUCAUGAACAGUUUGUAAGGCUCAAUCAUGAUAUGCUGACAAGAAUUUUUGAGCUGUUUGCUGGAGCAGUCUACAUCUUGGAAAAUAUCGGACUGUUACUUUCGAGCACUGAGGACUUUAACUUCCAAAUAGCGCGUGUCAAAGGCCUUCGAAAAGGAAUGGCUCAGAGUGACAUUUUGGAAAGCGCUGUGGAACUGAAAGGACCAACAACUAUAAAAAGUGCAGUUUUUCAAGAUGUUAAAAACGUUUUUGAAUCUUCGCACGAGUUGAAUGAUGUACAGGUUCAAAAUGAUCUUAUGGCAGCUAUCAACAAGCUGUUUGGUAACAAGCUUUACGAAACUUCUGUCAUCAAACGUUUCAAAGAUAUCGAAGCCCUUGCCAAAAAGCUCACCAAGGAAAAUAAGGUUAAAAGAGGUUUACUAGAAACUUACAAAAGGGAAAAGAUAACGGUCAAAAAUUUUCAAGUCGGGGACACGGCUUUAUUUUUGCCAACAAGAGAUGUACCGGACUCUGUUUCGUCUUCUGUGUCUUCCCUUGCUUCAUCUUUUUCCUCCGUGGAUUUGUCGACACCUCCUCCACCAGGUGGUGGCACCAUGCAAAAAGGAGAGCAUCACCACGGAAAAAUUACCAAAGAUGGAAGUACUAGUAAUAAGGCUGUUCCGUGGGCUGCAUUUACUGCUUUUGACGAGUCGACAAGGUACUUUUUAAAGGAAAACGAAAAGUUUACAGCUGAUAGAGAUUGGUUUGUGGGACGUAUCACCUCUGUUGAACGGAUGGUUGUUAAAGAGGCGUCUUUCAAUCCCUUUAAGUUGCCAAAGGGGACAGCAUGGGUUCAGGUUGCCGCAGAUUUUGUGACAGGAAAGGAAUUUUAA